CUCCCAAAGGAUAGUUACAUCACCAAUCUAAUUCUGUCACAUUACCACACCAAAGUUUGUCAUCAGGGUCGAAACCAAACUCAAAUGGAGCUUAGAAUGAAUGGAUUUUGGAUCAUUGGAGGCAGUAAGUCAGUUGCUAAGCUGAUACACAAGUGUGUGCAAUGCCGAAAACUUAGACGACCAACAGAAGAACAGCGAAUGGCAGAACUUCCCAAAGAACGUGUUGAAGUAUCUGCUCCCUUCACAUUCUGCGGCAUGGAUUGUUUUGGGCCAUUUGUCAUAAAGAGAACUCGCAAGGAAUACAAGAGAUACGGCCUAAUAUUUACUUGUCUAUCAUCUCGCGCAGUUCAUAUUGAGAUGAUUGAAGAUUUGUCCACAGAUGCCUUUAUUAAUGCCUUGAGGUGCUUUAUCAGUCUUAGAGGAGCAGUACGCAAACUUCAGUGUGACCAUGGUACCAACUUUGUGGGAGCCAGAAAUGAGCUCAAAGAAUCAAUGAAACAAUUUGACCCCAAAGCUCUGGAAGUGUUUCUCUCUGAUAAACAAUGUGAGUUUGUAUUUAAUGCGCCCUCUGCAUCUCACGCUGGAGGCAUCUGGGAGCGUCAAAUUCGUACAGUGCGAAAUGUACUCAAUGCCACACUUGCUCAGUGCCCAGGUAGGCUUGACGAUGCUUCACUCAAAACACUGUUCUAUGAAGCAAUGGCCAUAGUUAACAGUCGUCCACUAACGGUGGAUAGCAUUAAUGAUCCAAAUUCACUUGAACCUUUGACCCCAAACCAUUUAAUAUUGAUGAAGUCUGAUGUUGCACUUCCACCUCCAGGAAAAUUUGUCAAAGAAGACAUGUACGCUACGAAACGAUGGCGUAGAGUCCAAUACUUGGUCGAGCAGUUUUGGAGUCGUUGGAAGAAGGAGUAUCUUCUUAACAUUUCAACGCGCCAAAAGUGGCAUACUCCUCGCCGAAACCUCAGAAUAAAUGAUGUUGUAAUCAUCAAAGAAGACAUGCUCCCAAGAAGUCAGUGGCAGUUAGGCAGAGUGAUUGAAACUGUCAAGGACAGUGAUGGAUUUGUUAGGCGAGUGAAGGUACAAGUAGGAGCAAGAAAACGUGAUCAACCAUCCAAGCCCACAAUCAUUGAAAGGCCCAUCCAGAAAGUGGUGGUGCUUCUUGAAGAAGAGUGACUGUUAAUGGUUUAGGUGAUAACCUCACAUCAGACCAAGUAAUUAUUUCUAAAAUGCUUUCUAGUCAUUACAUACAUUCAUGAAACUGAAUAGAGGUCAUGUAAAGGUCCAGAAUCAUGUUCUGAUUCAUUUUCAGUUUGUUCUGUUGAUUCAUCAUUCCAUGAUUGGUGGGAGUGUAAAUGACCGCAUAUGGUUGUGUCACUUUAAAUUUUUCUUGAGGAAAUUACAUGUUUCAACGUGUUUUUUUUUGUUAGGUUACGCAGUAGGGAGAAUAACGUAAAGGGUAAUUGGAUCAGCGGAGAGGGAGGAGCGAAGAUUUAUGUUCAUGUACAAUCCAUGUGCAUAUAUGUGUUUUCCAGUGAGCAGAGACUAAAUUUUGCUUAAUUUCAUCUUAGUUCCCUUUGGUAAAGCGGAGCGAGUUUCACGGUGCUACGCAAACUACAGUUUAAUGGCGCGCUUCGCGAGCGAAAUAAAGAAAGAAGCACCCGUCGGAAACUCUCUGUGUCUCUUUUAUGGAUACCAAUGGGCAGCUACACCGUUGUUGAACAUUUUCCUCUUUUUGCUUUUAAUUUUCACUUCUUUAAUGAUCUUCCUUUACAGUAAAUAUCUAACUUCUGC